AUGGGCGACAACCGGCGUGAUGAUUCUGUCUCGCCCAUGACCAGAAGUCCCAAGCCGACAAGGGUAGCCAUCGCUGGCUCUCCGGACCGUCCAGCGAGCCCACUGCCCUCGAUUCUCAAAUCAUCGCCGUUGGCAGGAAGCCCGAACAAUGUCGAGUCGACCACUGAAGCAAGGGACUACAUGAACGGCGGACUACCGCACCGACACCAGUCGCCCGUCGAUCCGCUCGGCCGACCGAUACCACCGGCUCUAUACGUUCCUUCGACGCUCAACAACUCGUCCGAUGUGAAUGACCGAACACCAGACCCGUCUUUUCUACAAGAGAAUGGAGGCAACUCGGAACCCACGUCGCCAGGUGGUGGGCGUCGCAGUGUUCAGUUUGCCAGGGCCGACGUUGUGCUGGAUGCGCCCCCCGCCCACACGCAUUCACGAAACACCUCCUGGGACGACCCUGCCAAGUCCCUUAGCUCGUCCCUGAUGAACAAAUUGAAGCAGUUUGCUGGCUCUAGCACACAGAUCCCUAGAUCGCCGAGCUCGGGCGCCCUAGGUGAGGCCGGAAGUCAAGCUCUGAACGCAUCUCCUACCGUUACCCGUGGUGGAUCAAGAAUACCUGGUACAUUGGCAGAAGAAGGUAGCGACAUUGAUGCCGAUGCAGAAGAGACUGCCGACGAGGGGGUUGUCUCCGACACAAGUAGGGCCAAGAAGAAGAAGAGGAUGAUGCGCCGGCCUCGAAAGCCUCCAAUCUCCAUCCCCAGCACGCCCAACAUGAGGGCAGCAGCCUCCGAUUCGCCCAUAGUACAGAGCAGGCUAGGUCUCAGGAGACGCUUGAGCAUGCCGGACCCGCCAGAUCAUCAACACGGCUUGUCUGAAGGCGAAGGCCGUGAUCAGCUGACGACACCCUCGUGGAUGAGGGGCAACUCAUGGAUCGUAGGAUCAACGAGGUCCUUGCGCAAUGAAUCCCGCGACACGGGUGGUCCCUCUACGAGAGGACCGGGCCAUGUCCGCCGGAUCACAGUUCUUGGUGGUGGCGGCGCAUCUGACGGCGAUGCCAUGACGCCGCGACGUCCGUUCUUCAGCGGUGAGCGAGCAUCGACGUUCGGUGUGCAGAAGUGGAAGCAGGUGAAAAAUACUCUGAAGCUUCUUAGGCAGAAGAAAGAGGACCGGUUCGACUUUGCCAAGUCCGCUGAGCUCAUGGCUGAGCUUCGAGCUGGCGCGCCGGCGGCUCUCAUGCUCGCAAGCAUGAUUCAGCGAGAUGAGCACGGCAACAAGCGGAUACCUGUACUUCUUGAACAAGUGAGACUUCACAUCAGGGACAGUGCCCCCGAGCCAGGCGACGACAGCGAUCGACAUUGGCUUUUCACCAUCGACAUGGAAUACGGCAGUGGGCCCAGCCGCAUGAAGUGGACGAUCAUCCGCACCAUCAAAGACGUCUACAAUCUCCAUGUGCGAUACAAGUUUGCCAUGAGUAACGACAAGUUUAUACACGGAAGAGCCGACAUUGGCUCGCGGCCAAAGCAACCGAAAUUCCCAUGGGCCGCGUUUCCUUACCUUCGUGGGGCGCGGACCAAAGACGAAUCGGAAGAAGACGACAUGGCUAGUGUUCGCGGUGAUGACCCGGCCGAACAGACCCCUGGCGAGCGCACUGUUGACGAGACAGCCGACGAGACCGACGGCCGUCCACAGGGCGGCCGGAGAAAAAAGUCUAGGCUGGGCAUGCUUGGCAUGCGAAGGAGGUCAACCGGACUGACGGAUCCAGGCGAGACUUCUGCACUGGAGGGACAUGCGGAGAUGAUGCAGUCUCGACGACGUUAUGUCGAGAGGCAACGGCGGGUUCUCGAGAAAUACAUGCAAGACAUGGUCCGAUGGCUCAUGUUCCGUGCGGACAGCAACCGACUCUGCAAGUUCCUCGAGUUAUCUGCACUUGGCGUCCGCCUGGCUGCCGAGGGCAGCUACCAUGGAAAAGAGUGUUACCUUCACAUCCAAUCCUCCAAGGGUCUCGAUUUCAGACGAGUUUUGACUCCAGAAAAAGUCAUUGCUCGGCACAGCCGCAAAUGGUUCCUCGUUCGGUCCAGCUACAUCGUGUGCGUUGAGUCACCAGAGAACAUGCUCGUAUACGAUGUGUACUUAGUCGACGCCAAGUUCCGGAUCGCAUCCAAAAAGAGUUCGCUCAAGCACAUUGGCUCCAGCGGUACCAGGGAAAUUGAUCUGACGAAAGAGCCGCCACCUGACAAACACCAUACCCUGACGCUGCACACUUCUGAACGCAAAGUCAAGCUCUUCUCAAGAAAUCAGGCAGUGCUCAAGCAAUUUGAAGACUCCAUCGCCGAGAUGUUAAAGCAGACAAAGUGGCAUUCUGUCAAUCGUUUCGACAGCUUUGCGCCAGUAAGACAGGGCGUAUUCGCUCAAUGGCUUGUCGAUGGCCGAGACUACAUGUGGAACGUUUCGCGUGCCAUCAGUAUGGCGAGGGAUGUCAUUUACAUCCACGAUUGGUGGCUGAGCCCUGAGCUCUAUAUGCGAAGGCCGCCAGCCAUCAGUCAAAAAUGGCGUCUGGACCGGCUGCUGCAGCGCAAGGCUCGAGAAGGUGUCAAGGUAUUCGUCAUCGUGUACCGCAACGUCGAGGCCGCCAUUCCCAUUGACUCAGAGUAUACGAAACAUUCGCUGCUAAACCUGCAUCCGAAUAUCUUUGUCCAGCGAUCGCCGAACCAGUUCAAGAAGAACCAAUUCUUUUUUGCCCACCACGAGAAGCUUUGCGUUAUCGAUCACGAUAUUGCCUUUGUCGGUGGCAUUGAUCUCUGCUUUGGCCGGUGGGACUGUCCUCAACACCCAUGCGUAGACGAUAAGCCCACGGGCUUCGAGCAGAGCGAGCAGCCCAAGGAUGCGCUGCACUGCCAGCUGUUUCCUGGAAAAGACUACUCCAAUGCCCGCGUACAAGAUUUCUACAAGCUUAACGAACCUUAUGAAGAGAUGUACGACAGGGGCAAGAUCCCCAGAAUGCCUUGGCACGAUAUUGGCAUGCAGGUUGUAGGCCAGCCGGCGAGAGAUCUUACACGGCACUUUGUCCAGCGAUGGAACUACAUUCGCCGUGGCCGCACAACGACCCGUCCUCUGCCAUUCCUUCUGCCGCCGCCAGACGUCAAACCAGGCGAGAUGGAAGGCCUCGGCCUAACUGGCACAUGCGAAGUUCAGAUCCUGAGAUCUGCGUGCAACUGGUCACUCGGUAUUGAUGACCCGGAGCACAGCAUUCAGAAUGCCUAUAUCAAGAUGAUAGAGGAUUCAGACCACUUCGUAUACAUGGAGAACCAGUUCUUCAUCACCAGCACAGAGGUCAUGAACACCAAGAUUGUCAACCGCAUUGGCGACGCCCUGGUGGAGCGGAUUAUCCGCGCCUACAACAACGAAGAAGAUUGGAAGGCCUGCAUUGUCAUCCCGUUACUGCCAGGCUUCCAAAGCAGGGUCGACGAGCAAGAGGGUACUAGCGUUCGGUUGAUUCUGCAGUGUCAGUUUUACAGCAUCUGCCGUGGAGAGAAUUCCAUCUUUGGACGUCUUCGCGCGGCGGGCAUCGAACCCGAAGAUUACAUCCAGUUCUACAGCCUGCGUCAGUGGGGUAAGAUGGGCAGCGGUGAGCUCGUCACGGAGCAGCUCUACAUUCACGCGAAGUGUAUCAUUGUGGACGACCGUGUGGCUCUCAUCGGGUCUGCCAACAUUAACGAGCGAUCUUUGCGAGGCGACCGCGACUCCGAGUUGGCAGCCAUUGUCCGUGACACAGACAUGAUCUGGUCCACGAUGGGCGGCAAGCCCUACCGCGUCGGCCGAUUCGCGCAUACGCUUCGUCUGCGUUUGAUGCGUGAGCAUCUUGGUCUCGAUGUCGACGAGAUUCUCGAGGAAGAGAGGCAGGCAGAGCUUGACAAGGAGGAGGAAAUGGCGGCACAGAUGGACGAGAUUUACAACGACGAGCCCAUGACGCCAGGGUUUGAUGCUGAUGAAGCCGGCCCCAGCAACUCGGCCCCUUCGGCGAGCAACGAAGAUCAUCUUUGGCUGUCGGAUGCCAGACGGUUUAAUCGCGACGCAGAUGCUACUCCUCUUUCCCGCUCUGAAGCUGCAUCGAUGGUCGAGGAGAAGGACCUUCGAGUGUCCAAUACGGAACACGCCCUGGAGGUCGAGGGCUAUGGGCCGGAUCACUGGAAAGCAGCUGAGAAACGUGGUCUUGAUACCGGCCGGGACUCGGUCAUCAUCAACGGCCGCGAGGUUCUUGUCCACAACGUGCUGGCGGAAGGCAAGGGAACACUUGAAUCCCCAAAGAAGCCACACGAGCGACGCGCCUCCCUGUCGCAAGCGGAAGAGCAAGACAACUUGUCGCAGAAUGACAAAUUGCCACCCAUGCCGGCACUCAACCGUCGCACUACGGAUCAGCUCGGCCUGCUCCGUGCCAACCAGCUUCCUACCCUGCCGGCCGUCGAUGACACGGAUAUUGGCGGGCCGCCCGUCUAUCUGGACGUCAAUGGACAACCAUCCAUGGGACCAGCCCAUCCCUUGGCGGCCGACAUUAAGCAAGCCCGACUCGACAAGGACUGCAUGCGUGAUCCCGUGAACUUUUCGUUCAUGGACGAGAUAUGGAAUCGUGUCGCCGAAAACAACACCAAGCUCUUCCGCCGCGUCUUCCGCUGUAUGCCGGAUUCCGAGGUUCUCACGUGGAAUGAUUACCGCGACUUCACCAGCUACAACGAGAGAUUUGUCAACAGCAUGCAGGGCAAGAAGGCGGGCGAGGAACCAGAGGUUGCCCCCGAGGCUGCGGAGCAGUCGAAUGCUGCAGGUAGCGGCGGAGCCGGCAUUGGUAUCCCUGGCCCUGCCGCGAUUGCGAAGGCGGCAACAGACAAGAUGGAGGAAAAGACGGGUCUUGACAAGGUCAAGGAGCACGUCCAUCCCCCAAAGAUUAUGGUGCCCAGCAACACUACUGGUAACGAAGAGUUCAAUGAAAAGGCCGACCGUGCAGCUCGCCGCGACAAGGUCGAUCAUCAGGGCGUCGCACCAAGGAAUGGCGCGGACCCUGAGAAGUCGAUCCCAUUCGAUGCCCCUUCGCCUAUUCUCCCUGCUGGCGACACACCCUUCCCGGCAUUUGACGGAACAGAAGAACCUUCAACGUUGCCUACUCGAGAGAAGAGUCGUGAUCGACGCGCGACGUUUCAGCCGACGGAGAAGGAGCCGGCCAGAGACAGAGAUAGGAGCGCGUCCGGUCAGCAGAACCAAGGGUCUGUCCGUCGCCGCAGACGUGCCACUACUAAGGGCAGUCGCCGUGGCGGGACCCCCGAGGACGUCCUCCCGGCCGCGGAGGCAGAGGAGCUGCUCAACCUGAUCCAGGGACAUCUGGUACAGUUCCCUUACGAUUGGCUGGCGACUGAGGAGCAGAACGGCAAUUGGGGCUUCCAGGUGGAUGGCGUUGCGCCUCUGCAAAUUUACAACUGA